UCUGACAGUGCUUACAGCAGCAAGGUGUUCCGUGUUACCUUCUUGACUUUGGCUGCGUCUCUGGCUGUGCCCCUGCUCGGAGCAACUGUUCUACUGGAUUGUCCUAUAGACCCCCAGCCUAUAAGUCUGAAGGAACCACCCCUCCUGACGGGUGUGCUAGAGCCCAAUAACAAGUUACAGAAAGCUGAGCGACUAUGGGAGAAUCAACUGGUUGGGCCAGAAUCCAUCGUCAAUAUUGGCGAUGUGCUAUUUACUGGGACAGCUGAUGGAAAGAUUAUCAAAAUUGAAGAUGGGGAAGUACAGACAGUAGCCAGAAUUGGCCAUGGUCCUUGUGGAACUCCUGAAGAUGAGCCAACUUGUGGACGACCACUUGGUAUCAGAGUGGGACCAAAUAACACCCUUUUUGUGGCAGAUGCUUACUAUGGACUCUAUGAAGUUAAUCCAGGCACAGGUGAAACAAAAAUGCUUGUGUCAACCAAAACGCUAAUUGAAGGUCAGAAGUUGUCAUUUCUGAAUGACCUUACGGUGACCCGAGAUGGCAGGAAAAUCUACUUCACAGACUCCAGUAGCAAAUGGCAAAGAAGAGACUACUUAUUCCUGGUUAUGGAAGGCACAGAUGAUGGGCGCCUGCUUGAAUAUGACACAGUAACAAAAGAAGUGAAAGUCUUAAUGGUGGGACUGAGGUUUCCCAAUGGUGUUCAGCUCUCUCCUGCAGAGGACUUUGUCCUGGUGUUGGAAACAACCAUGGCUAGAAUCAGAAGGUAUUAUGUGUCUGGGCUGAUGAAAGGUGGAGCAGAUAUGUUUGUUGAGAAUAUGCCUGGUCUUCCAGAUAAUAUCAGAUUAAGCAGCUCUGGUGGAUAUUGGGUAGCUAUGCCAGUUGCCCGUCCCAAUCCUGGAUUUUCUAUGUUAGAUUUUUUGUCUGAAAAACCAUGGAUUAAAAGGAUGAUAUUUAAGUUACUGAGCCAGGAAACUGUGACAAAGCUUGUGCCCAAGCGUAGCCUUGUUGUUGAACUUAGUGAGACAGGAUCCUACAGAAGAAGCUUUCAUGAUCCCACUGGAGUGACUGUACCUUACGUUAGCGAGGCACAUGAGCACAAUGGAUAUCUUUACCUGGGCUCCUUCCGGUCUCCGUUUAUUUGCAGACUUAAUCUUCAGCAUGUUUAACCAUCCAUCCAUAAUAAAGUGUCACAGUCCUGAACUACUCUAGAGGUAUGAAGGAAGCAUGUGAUUGAAGCAGUGUGUGACUGAAGAGGAAAAGUGAAGACAGCCUGUUAACAAGUGCACUUAGCACUGCUCUAUUGCCACAGAAAAAUGUUCAGCUUGCUGUGUCUGUCCUUGGUUUGACUGCUCUUGCUUUGGAGUUGGCAUGCAUAAUACUAAUGUCUGAGGGAUACGGUGAGGCAUCUUUGUAUGGUUAUUUGCUCAAGCAAAAUCCACUGCAUUUCCAAACCCAACACUGGAGUUUUCUUAAACAGGCAACAUUAAUCACCCAUAAUGCAACUGUAUGUUUAUCUUAUCAUUGAAGGGUUUACAAUGUAUGGAAUUUAAACAUGUAUGAUUUCGACUGAAAAGGAUAUCUUGCAUGUGUUUAAACUUGAAAGGCAACUGUUCAGGAGUGAUUACAGUGCAUGUUCUCAUUGCAUACAAUGGUGCUGUGGUAUAGGCAGCAACAUCUGGAACAUGCCUAGAAAUCUAAUUAUUCCACUUGGAUUUUUUCAAUUCCAGCUUAUGUAAUCAACAUUGGAAACUGUGGUUAACAGCUAAUCAACAUGCAGAAUCUGAUUUGAUCAUUAUCUAUGGAUUCUUGUGUGUUGUUUUUUUUUUGUUUGUAGUUGGAUGAAAGUUGUUUUUUCUAAGUUACCAAAGACUGGUUCUAGGGGGUUUAAGGUGGAUCACUUGGAAUGUUACCUCCAUGUUUAUCAGGUCCUGUAAGUUUUCUGUUCACUGUGUAGGUGGCCAUUCCUGAGGGGCAUGGGAGGGAAGAAGGCCAGCUGCAGGAAUACUCUUCAGCAUGUGUACUAUGGAGAACAGGUGAAGGUUUUGGGAGGGGUCUGUGUCUGAGGGUGGAUGUGGACUGAAAGAGCCCCUGCAGCACCUAGUAAUAGUGGAUGAGGAAGGCUUUGGUGGGAAAAUAUUGGAAUACGGUAGUUGCUCAUGGAUGCUUCCUGGUAUUUCUGGAUGAUACAGUGUUCUUCCUGUAUUGAAAAAUACUCUGGUGAAUGCACAAAAUACUUUUCUGUAAACUACUGCAAAGGAAAGGCUGUUCUGUUCACAUUUUCAAUAAGAAUUUUUUCCAUCUUGGAUAGGAGCUCAGGGGAGUUUAUUUCAGCAGUGUGAUUUAGUGAGAUUUAGUAGGGAUUCCUGCACUGGGACUGAAGAUUGCUGCCUGCUCUCUACUGCUUCUUUCUACCACUGGGUGAUAGUCAAACACUGACUUACUCUGUUGCUCAAUUUUCUCUCCUUUGAAAAGGAAGUAAUCAUGAUUUGCUUUAUUAUAUAAUGAAAAACACUGAGAAAGGGAAGAUGAUGUUGAAAAUGCCAUCUGCUUUCACUGUCUAUCAUUUGCAUUUCCCUCCAGUAAUAAAGACAAGCACAGAAAGUGUUUUUUUACUGUCAGUGCUCUGUCACUGUAUGCUGCACUGCUACCAGACUGCAGCAGCCCUGUGGAAGUAGCUGGUGGUUGCUGGAUCGGGCUGACUUGCCUCUGCUGUGCCUGUGCUCACAAGCCUUUUUACUUGUUUCAGUGGUAACUGGAUCUGGGAGGAAGAUCGGUGAGAAAAGAAAGAAGCCUGGUAGAUAACUUGCUGCAGGUUCUGACCUUUCGUCCAGCUGAGCCCUAUCUUAAUGAUUUGUGGGCAGAGACUGAGUGAUUCUGUGGUAAGUUUCAAAGGCUGAGAAGCUUGACCUUCCUGCCAGACUUGCACUACAGGAACUCUGGAGAAAGGUUGAGAAUGGGAUGCUCUUGCAACACACUUUCCUGGCAAAAGGGCUGGCUAAACAAGCAGCAUCUGGCUAGUAUUGCUCUGCCACAUGUUGAAGCUGUUUUUCAUGGGAUUUGAAAACGGAACUUGAUGUGAUCUUAAAACAGGGGUGCAAAAGCAAGUUCUCUGUGGGUCUUGCUUCAUUAGUGCUUUAGAUUAGUGCUUUAGUAGCCUUGAGUCAAGAACAGCUUUGCCUGUAGUUGCACAGCUACCUCUAGUGUUUCCAAAAGUAUGUUACUGAAUAAUUUAAUGCUGUCUUUCAUAAGGAGGUAGACCUCAGAUGUUUAGGCAUGCCAAAUGUAAUAGCUUCUCUGUGAUUAGUUCUCUUCUAAGACUGUACUCCUGAGGCUGUUAAGUGGGAAAGAAAAUAGGCUGUGCUGCUAAUUCUUAAGAGGAUUAAGAAUCAGAAAGCCUCUCAAGACACUCUUCUUGCAUUUAUCCUUUCUCUUCUUUCGCCUCCACUGUUAGAGACUUAGUAUUGUGGUCUCACUGGAAGGUUCUUCAGUCUUUUUAGUUCUCUGAACUCUGCAAGUUCAGCAGACUCAUAUGAAGAGUGCAUAUUUCUUGAACAUCCUAAACACAGGAUUUGCAUAGCAAAACUAUUUGCAUAGUCCUCCAAAGAAACCCAGAGUCUUCAGAGACCCCAAAGGAAUGCCUUCCCUGAGCACAAGUAGUACCAGGUCCCAUUCCUGGUGCGGUGCGCUAUCUUGGUAAUCCAUCCUUGAUGAGCAGAAGUAGGGUGAGCUGUAGCUGCAGAGCUCAGGAGAAACAGCUUGACUGACACACAGCUUUUUUCCUCGCUCCAGCAUGAGUGGUGCUUGAAAACAACACUUUCAUAGAAGCUCAGAUGCUUUUGAUUGCUGGUAUUUCCUCAAAUGCAACCGUUUCAGUGUGAUGCAGUAGCAAUAAAACGCUUAUGUAACAACAGGCCUAAACUCCCCUUGGUGUUAAUAAGAAGACUGGUUUUACAAGCUCAUUUUGCUAUGAGUUGAUGGUGUACUUGAUAUCAGUGCAGGAACAUGACACCUUUGCAACACUGAGGCUUGCACUUCUCUAGAAGCAAGAGUAGUGUCCAAAGGUCUCGUUAGGACAAGAUUUUGGGUGUCAGGAGAAAGUUCUGCACUUCUAAGAAAGCCACAGAUCCUAUCUAACCCAGGCUGGAUAUGGCCUUGGGCAGUGCUGAUCUAGUGGUUGGUGACCCUGCCCAUGGCAGGGGGGUUGAAACAAGAUGAUCUUUGAGGUCCGUUUCAAUCCAGGCCAUCCUAUGAUUCUAUCUCUGCACAACUCCUGGAGGAUCCUGAGGUUGCUUCCUGUGUUUUACCCACGUGUCUCCAAAUUGAUGGGAUGUGGAAUGGGAAAAUGGUGCCUAGUCUCUUGAAGGGCUUUAGCAUAAAGCCCUGCAGUAGAACUGCCUAAGGAAAAGGAGCUUAGCUUGAGUACACCGCAGUUGUGCAUUUUAAAGAUAUGUUUUGUAUUGCUUUGUCUGGCAUUGCUGAAUGAUCAAGUGUUUCUGCAGGGCGAGAAUGUCAAGAGAUUUUGCUGAAACUAUUUAAGAUUCUGUACCCUGGGUAACUGCCAUGCCCCUAUUCUGGAGCAGACAUCUCCUACAGCAGAACUGCUGGAAGGUAACGUGUGUAUGUACCCCUGGCACUUACACAUCUCAGUGUGAACAGUUUAUAAAAUUAAUUGCAAAGCCUUGGCCCUCCUUUAAUUCUGAGUCUGCUUUGUGGCAGUGACCUUUGCAUAUGGUGUGGUGAUCUCCUAAACUUCUGGGACUGUCUGCUCAGUGAUCACAGCAGAGACCUUGUGUUGCUGAUGUACGGACUUUCUCAUCUAGUUUGCUUAGAAAAGCCAGUGCUGUAAGAGAAAAGCCAUGUGGGACUGCAGCUCAUUUUGCUGUUUUGUUUGAGGUAGGACUGAAAAAUUUAGCAGUAAGUGAUCAAGUACGUAAAUGCAAGCAGCUUCCUCCCAGCCAGCAGAAAGCCAUCUCUGCUUAUAGAGCUGCUGCCAGCUGAACUUUGUCUUGGCUCUGUGCAACUGCAUGCAUGACACCACAGCCACCAACAGACAGGAGCAGAUUCCUCUGAAGCACUACCUUUGGCUGUCCUUGGAGCUCUUAAUGUUGCUGCUGGGGUUCUUCCUUUUCUCCAGGGGGUGGAUAGACAGGCACAACCUUCCCCUCUCUCCUUGGGACCUAAGUCUUCCUGGAUGUAUUUAUUUUUCAAUUGCCUUUUGUGGCCUGGAGUAGGUCAGAGUCUCAGCAAGUUCUGCAAAGGUGCAAACUCCUUGGAGUGAACUGGUGAACUAGUUAACCUUGGUGUGAAUUUUAGCAAUGAUGUGUGUUUGGGCAGAGACAUCAGCUUGACUGCUGUGUGUUAUUGUGACUCAGUGGCGCUUAGCUGAGUUCUUUAGGUCAGUGCUAGUAGUGUCCUCUUGACUCAAGGCUGCGUAGUUGCUGAAAUCUUUCUCUAGCAAAGUGUUCGAGAAUGUACUAAGAGCUCAUCUGACUUCUGCUCUUUUCGUUGGUGCUUAUGGUAACUCUUAUUGUCUGGAGAUGAUGGAUUAUCCUACUAUAGCAUACCUUGCUUAUUGUAAUGAUACAAGUGAUACUUUGCUGCAGCUGUAAAUUUUAAAGCUGAUUUGUCUUUCCCAAAAGCUUUUUGUCCGAGUUGGUUGCAAUGAGCUCAGCUUUGUUGCAGGAAAUGCUGCCUAUAGUUUUAUAUGUAGCUGUACUUUGCUUCCAGAUAAGCCUAUUUGGAUAGAAAUGUCUGAAAAUCUUGCUGUGUUUUCCUUAAGACAGCAGCAUGAGCAUGCUGGGUUUGUUGACCUGUGUGAUGCCAGAUGUGUGGCUUUACUCUUGCUUUUUAACACAUGGGCAAUUAAUUCAGUGGUAUUAUGAAGAUGUGACCUGUUUGCCAGGAGCUUACGAGAUCAUUCAUGGGAGAUCAUUCUAUUUUGUGCUUACUGUUUUGUGCUGGCUGGAAUAUUUACACAGACCUAAGCUGAUUGUGUGCCACCUGCAUGUGGGAAGACUGAUGUUUCUGAGCAUCAAGCUGUCCUGUUGGUUGGAGGAAGAAAUGUUUGUCUUGCCUGUUCUUUAGAUUGUCUGGAGCUACAGCUUGGCGGGAAACCCUGAGCAUUGCUACUAUGUGGAGCACCCACAUAGUAAAUGGAAGAACUGAAACCAUUGUAACCCUUUUGGGUUUCAGACAGCAACUUCUCUUGGCUCUUCUUUCCUCUAAAAACUUUGCCUCUUUUUGUUUUGUGGCUUGUUUUUUUUCUGCUUUGUGGACCACUAGGACAACUGUGGUUAGGUCUCUUCAUUGUCUUUGACAUCAGGCUGUCAAUGGAGGCUUGUGUGGUGGAUUAAUGUAGCACCACAUCCAACCAUGGAACUCCCAGAGGUUUCUUCCGAGCAAGCAGAUACCUCUGAUAUGCUGUUAACAGAUCCGUCAGGUUUAGGAGUUCCUGUACCUUGGCCUAGAGCCUGUCACUGGCUGUUCUUGACAAAAUAGACAUUAUAUAAGACUAAAAGUGAGGUGUUGCUGCUAAUAGGAGGUACAAUAGAGCAGUAGAAAAGCAACAGCUCUCAGAAGGAAGUGUGUUUGUGGGGGAAAAAAAAUGUUCUUUAUAGCUUAGGGCCCUAACCGUUUGUAAGUGUAUGAAUGAAACAUGGGCUCAGUGGGCUCAGGCUUUAUUGCCAUUUUAAGUUAAUGGUUACCCAAAUCUUUCCAAAUGAGAGCCUUACUACAUGAUAACCUGCAUGAAGAGAGAAGGCUUUAAGAGAGGUAGGCACACAUGUAGACAGGACCAUCAUUCUGCUAGACUUGAAUACAAGUCAAUCAGAAACUGAAUAUUGAAUGCUAACCUAAAUGAAACUAUGUUGUUUAGCCUCAGCAAAAAUAUGCUUUGGGAAAUGAUUGUGUUUAUUUUUCUUAGCAUUUGCAAUGAUGCCCUCUUGGAGUAGAGCUUUUGAUUAAAAUAGAAACUCUAUUUAGACUAUGCCAUUUCUGGGUUGUGGUUGUGUCUUAAGACAGGCUUAUCCAUACUCGUGUCUUGAGGCAAAAAAACCUCUACCUUAUGCAUUCCUGGCAAAUGUAUCUAAGGUUUUAUCUGGCACUGCAAACCCUUAAGACUUUGUGUGUUAUGUACAUGUGUGUAUCCCCAUGCAUAAUGUCUCACUGUAAAGCUUUCCACAGUGUUGAAGUUGUGUGUGCUGUGGUUCAGACUUUUUAUACUGUAGUUGUACAAAGAUUCAUCACAGAACAAAGCAGUCUAACAGACCUUCCUGGGCCUGUUUGCACUGCUUGGAAAUCUCAGCCAAAAGGACGAAUUGCUCUCUGGUGAACAAAUGACAACAUGUUCUCAUCUGCUGUUUAGUUUUAGAAAAAGAGAUACACAGCUGGAUAGCAAUACAUUCAGUCAAGGCAAGUCUUUUCUUUGUCACUCAGAUCUUGAGCAUCUUCCUUAGAGGUGUGGGGGGGAACUAACAAGCUUUGAGAGAGAGGUUUUGUGAUGAUUCUGUGCAGGUGUUCCCCACCUCAGUUUUGGCCCCGAAGUCCAGAC